CUCGAAAACCAGAAAAUGAUGCAGGGUUUUCGAAUAAAUUUUAUGAGGACACUGAGGUGGAUUUCAAAUCCAAACCAGAUUUCAAAUCCAAACGCGGCCACAAAGCUGAGAGAAAUGAUUAGGAAAAGUAUGGGAUUCCAUCUUUUUAAUCUUGGUCAAACUCUAUCUCGAUACAAAAGCCAAGCUUCCUCAGGGAGUUGAAUAAUAUCCCAGUCCAAAGAGGAUAGAGACGUUUCCCACUUAAUGCUAGUGCACCCUUCAAUCCAAAAAUGUUUGAAAAUACUUUUGAUUCUCAGCAUACCAGUAAAUCAUUUAUUUCAGAAAAUAGGGCAUUGACUUAUCCCUCAACUCAAAUCGCUGAAGUAUGGAGGAGGAAAAGGUUGGAUUCUGCAAACAUAGGUAAUGGUCGUGAUGAUGGAACACAUAAGGUUUCUCUACCACAUCACCUCAUUCAACCUCAAAUUUCAGAUCUCAGGGAUCGAUCACUUAUUGGAUCCAAGAGAUUAAACUUCAGUAUCCGAAUACAAUUGAAGGGCAUUCACUUUAUGUCUCAGUGCCAAGGGCCUCAAUGCCUCCCAGAAAGGGUUUGUGCUAAUCAUUCUUCAGAUCCUUUAUGCUUCUCUAUGGUUGGUAAAUCAUAUGGACAAAUCAGGGAGGAUUGUGAUGUAAUCAAGGAUGAAGGGGAAUAUGAGAACUUCAAGAUUAUGAGUAUUUACAAAGAGGGACCACAUGCAGUAAAGGAUAAGUGCCCAGCUAUAUGAAACUUUGAUGUCCAUGUAAAUUUGCGGCCAUUUUUUAAAAUCUUGCAUCUUCACAAGGAUAAUGGUUUCAAAU